GGUCCUCCUCCCUCUCGCCGUUGCUCCUCCUUUUCUUCCUCCUCCUUCCUUUCCGGCCCGGCCUCGUCCACUUCCCCUGACGGCGGCCCCGAUCCUACGUAAAGGCAUGACUUCCUGGCACGGCAGGGAAAAUCGGGUGCAAGCCCAGAAACUAUUUCCCCACCACCACUUGUUGAAAAACUGAUUUGAGGGCAUCUCCGGGUUUGAACGAACGGAAAGUGCCAGGAUUUCAUGCGUCUCUGGAUUUGCGCUGGAGACCGUUCCCUGCUAAGUAUCAAGAGGAGAAAAACUGGAAACUAAUCCGAAUUUCUGUGAAAUCUUAAGUCCUUCUCUGAGUUUAUGUCCACAAGUGUCUAACACAUUGGCAAUUUAAAGAACCUUAUUCAAAGUCAAAAUGGAAAGAUUUGUAGUGACAGCACCACCUGCGCGAAACCGUUCUAAGACUGCUUUGUACGUGACUCCCCUGGAUCGCGUCACGGAGUUUGGAGGCGAGCUGCACGAGGAUGGAGGAAAGCUCUUCUGCACUUCUUGCAAUGUGGUUCUGAAUCAUGUUCGCAAGUCUGCCAUUAGUGACCACCUCAAGUCAAAGACUCAUACCAAGAGGAAGGCAGAAUUUGAAGAGCAAAAUGUGAGAAAGAAGCAGAGGCCCCUAACUGCAUCCCUUCAGUGCAACAGUACUGCACAAACCGAGAAAGUCAGUGUCAUCCAGGACUUUGUGAAAAUGUGCCUGGAGGCCAACAUCCCACUUGAGAAGGCUGAUCACCCAGCAGUCCGUGCUUUCCUGUCUCGCCAUGUGAAGAAUGGAGGCUCCAUACCUAAGUCAGACCAGCUGAGGAGAGCGUAUCUGCCCGAUGGAUAUGAGAAUGAGAAUCAACUCCUCAACUCACAAGAUUGUUGACAAGGUUACCACCAUUGUGAUCAGGAUAAAUAAUGUGGAGUAUUAAAGUUAUGUGUUGAUUGUG